GUACAAAUGGAAACCAGAGAAAAAGUGGAUUUUGGCACAGUACGAUGUUGAUGUCUUUGACUAUAAAACGAAUCGCACUGUGGAAGUGUACCCACUGAAUGAAGGAGUGGACAUUACCGAAGCGGACUACUCUAGAAGUGAAGUCGAGCUUUGGGGUCAAAAGAUAUAUCCAAGAAAUGUUAGUGACACCCACCCCUCACGAGAUAAGUACAGCUACUACAUGGAAGGGGUUGAGGGAGUGCGACUGCCUGGGGGGGAACUCAGGGAGCCAUACAAUUGGACCACUGAGGAACUGUUGAAAGAUUUCGAGGAGUUUCUGGGAGAUGCAUUCAAGAUUGCUCACAUCCUCGAUGGGUCACCUUACUAAACUAAAAUGCUUUCUUUCUUAGUUUGUUGAAUAUUGAAUUCUAUAUAGUUAUAUAGCUGUUGUAAGUUAGACCACAAAUCAUAUAUUCUCGGUUCAAAGUAUAUACAGUCAGUAAAAUAAUUAUCUCUUUUGUAAUGAUAUCCUGUCAGAGUUUUCAAAGCCGGUGCAUGGUGGUUAUUUAAUUUUCAAUCCUCAUUCUCACAAAUUUGCCUCUUUUAUUGCCACUGUAAUAGCUCAAACUGUUCUUAGACUUAUAGAUUUGCGUUCUUUAUAUAUAUGCUAUACCUCACAGGCCUAGCAGAUCCAUCGAAACUACAACUGACACGUUAGAUAAUAUAUAGUGGGAAUAGACUCAGAUGCCCUUGGUGCCGAACUCAAUGUACAAUAAUGGCUUUGAGAAAUCUGGAUUGGGCGAUAAACUGGAAGGUGAAGAAUUGAUGUUGCACCUGAAAGAGUCAAAUUUUAAGCUUACGAAAAAAGUGAACUAUUAUCGCAAAGAAAGUAAAGUAUUUCUUAUAAUCUCUAUUAGCAGGUCAUAAUUAUACACUCCUGCUAUUAUGUUAUAAAUUUUUACACGGGAAGCCACAUAGUUGCAAGACGCCCACUCAAAGCAAGCUGAGCUCGAUCAGUCCCCACCCACACUUCCUUGCAGCUUAAAAGGCAUUGUGCAGUCAGCACAAACAUUGUAAACAAACUUGACUAGUAGAAGAGUCUAUAAUCGAAUGGCUAGCUAUCAGGGCGUAACAAGAGCUGUUAGCAGUGGUCAUGAAGAGAAGCCACAUACGAAGUCAAGGCCUACGCUGAAGGAUCUGAUGAAGGAACUUGACCCAAUUAAUAAGUGGCAACUGCUCAUGAUUAAUUUGGGAGUGAAGAAGUCUGAAAAUGAUAAAAUUGAAAUUAAUUUCCGGUGUGAUAUUGAUCGGCAAAAACAGGAGGCUUUUGACAAAUGGUUGAGGAUGAAACCUUAUGCUUGCUGGAAGAAUGUCAUUGAUGCUCUGUAUGAAAUGGAGGAGAUCACUCUAGCUAGUAGUCUUGCUAGGAAGUACGCCUGGGAAGAUCCAAGGGUAUCUGUAAGCCGCAACUUCUUGAGUGCCACUAUUGAUGCUUGUAUCACUGCCAGGAAAAUUGGUGAUAUACCGUGUAGAAGAUUUCUUCCUAAACUUCGUCCUGGGCUAGAAUACUACACUCUGAGAGAUGAAUCGAUACACUGGCAACCAAAAAUUGACGAAAGAUCAGCAGCAGCAAGGGCAGCUCAUUUCUCACGUAUCAUACUGACUCCACAUCCCCACAAUCUGGCCAGUUUCUUUAAGAGCAUCGAAAAUAGUACAGUAAGGGUGACUUCAAAGUUGGACUUGAAGCAAGGUUUGGACAUAUGUACUUGAAAAUGAACCCAGAACAAAGUGUACUUCACGCAAACGCAGCUAGAUCUAGACAGGAAUGGAUAAAAUCCAAAAUGCUUUCAAAAAUGACUUUCAACACUGAAGUGGAAGACGCUGAUGUUGGGCAAUUGUUCACUGGGAUGGAGCAACUUGGGAAAGAGGUCACCAGAAUUACCUUGAAGUUCAAAGUGGAGGGUCAAGAUGAAGGAAUCUACUCAGCUGUCAUUUCAACGUAUGAAGAUGGUGAUAUGUUCUGCUUGGAUGCUGUGUACAGAGACACAGACACGAAGAAUAAAGCAAGAUUAAAUUUUGCUUUACCAGGACUAAAGUAUGAUUUGAGGAUGUCAGAAUGUUCCGACUGCAUCUUGUUGGCUGAACACCAAAACAGUAAUCCAUAUCAGAUGGCCCGAACCAUUACUGAUACUUUAUGCAGACUUCCUUGUAGAAGACUUCGCGUCAUUCUCCAUGGAUUAUCUCUAAACAAGGAAUUUCAAAGCUCUUGGAAAGUCAAGUACAUUCGACAGCGUGUUCAAAAGCAGUACAAAUGGAAACCAGAGAAAAAGUGGAUUCUGGCCCGGUAUGAUGUUGAUGUCCUUGACUAUGACACAAAGCAAGCUGUUGUUGACUCUGCCCCACUGAAUAAAAGAGUAGACAUUGAGUUUGACUACUCAAGAAAGGAAGUCGAACUUUGGGGCCAGAACAUAUUCCCAAAAAAUGUUAGUGACACUCACCCCUCACGAGACAAGUAUUUCUACAUGGAAGGGAUUGAGGGAGUGCAGCUACCUGGGGGGGAACUCAGGGAGCCGUACAAUUGGACCACUGAGGAACUGUUGAGAGAUUUUGAGGAAUUUCUUGGAGAUGCAUUCAAGAUUGCUCACAUCCUUGAUGGGUCACCUUACUAAACUAAAAGCAUAUCGUAGUUUUUACCAUCAUUUAAGCUGUGGUAUCAUGCAACUAGUCAAAGAUUUACUUCACUGCCACUGCAUGCAUGUACUUCGUUCAUAAUGUUCUGAGCACGUUUAGAUUGAGUAAUAUC